CCGCCCGCUCUCGCUCUCUCGCUUGGCCUGCGUCACCUCAGAUUUCCCCCGAUCCACCACAUCUCCCCCUGGGCAAAGGGAAGGCAUCGAGACACCCCCUCCUUUCUUUCUCCCCAAAAUAUCCACUCGUGUGUCGGGACGAGAGAGGGGGGAUCGGAGGGGUCUCCUCCUUGGCUGGAGGGUGGGAGCCAAACAAGGCUGGGGUGGAGACCCCCAAGAGGAGGAGGAGGAGGGGGAAGAGGAGGCUGUAAGGCCUUGGAGAGGAGGCUGUGCUGCUUUUGGACUCCCCUCUCCCUUCCUCAGGUGAAAGGAGGAGGGAGAGGAAGGCUGUGCCGCCUUUGGAUCUCUCUCUGUCCCUUCGCAGGGCAAGAGGAGGAGGAGGAGGAGGAAGAGGCUGUGCUGUUUUUGGACCCUCUUCUCUCUUCUCGGGUGAAAGGAGGGCGAAGAGGAAGCAGUAUUGCCUUUGGAUCUCCCUCUGUCCCUUCGCAAGGCUGUGCCACCUUUGAGAGAAGGCUGUGCUACUUGGAUCUCCUUCUCCCUUCUGAGGGUGACAGGAGGAGGAAGAGGAGGCUGUGGUGCCUUGGAGAGGAGGAGAGGGGAGACUGUGUUGCUUUUGAACCCCCCUUCUCCCUUCCUUAGGCAAAAGGAGGAGGAAGAGGAGGCUGUGCCACCUUGGAAAGGAGGCCCUGCUGCUUCUUGGAUCUCCUUCUCCCUUCUGAGGGUGUCAGGAGGAGAAGAGAGGAGGCUGUGUUGCUUUUGGACUCUCCUCUCCCUUCCUCAGGCGAAAGGAGGAGGAAGAGGACCCCCUUUUCCCUUCCUCAGGAAGAAGAGGAGGCUGUGCCGCCUUUGGAUCUCUCUCUCUGUCCCUUCCUAAGGCUGUGCUGCUUCUUGGAUCUUCUUCUUCCUUCUGAGUGUGACAGGAGGAGGAGAGGGGAGGCUGUGCUGCUUUUGAACCCACCUCCACCCCCCUUUCCCUUCCUCAGGAGAAGGGAGGAGGAGGUUGUAUUGCCUUUGGAUCUCUCUCUCUCUCUGUCCCUUCGCAAGGCUGUGCUGCUUCUUGGAUCCUGCUCUCCCUUUUGAAGGUGACAGGAGGAGGAAGAGGAGGUUGUGCGGCUUGGAUCUCUCUCUAUCUCCCUCCCUCCCUCCUCUGGGCGGGAGGAGAAGGAGGGGAGGAGGAGGCGGCUUCUCCUCCUCCUCCUCCUCCUCCUCCUCCUCCUCUCCGUCUUCCAGUGGCUCCCAGCCUCGCGUCGCCUCCUCCUCCUCCGCCGCACUGUCAGCCGAGGCGGGCAUGGAGCGGAGGAGCCCUUCGGGGAGGCUGAAGCCCGGCAGCGGGAGCUUGGGGAGCCGGGCGGCUCCGGAGGGGCGCAGCAGCAGCAGCAGCAGUAGUAGCGGGCCCCCUUUGGUCUCUGCUUCGGGCGCCCUGCUCCAGCGGGUGGGCAACUGCCCGGCUCCCUCUCCCUCGGCGUCCCCGGUGGAGCCCUCGGAGCUGAUCCGCCGCGCCGUGGACUUCAAGAGCCAAGGGGCGCAGUGCUACAAGGACAAGAAAUUCCGCGAAGCCAUCGGCAAGUACCACCGGGCGCUGCUGGAGCUGAAGGGGCUCCCGCUCUCGGCCCGGGAAGAAGAGCAGGAGGAAGAGAAGGGAGGGAAGGGGGUCCCUCCGCGCCCCGCCACCGCCGCCGCCGCCUCCGCCGCCGCCUGCAAGCUCACGGAGGAGCAGAGGCAGCUCCUGGAGAGCAUCGAAAUUGACUGUUACAACAGCCUGGCAGCUUGCCUACUUCAAGCUGAGCUGGUGAAUUAUGAGCGAGUCAAAGAAUACUGCCUGAAAGUACUGAAGAAGGAAGGGGAGAACUUCAAGGCACUCUAUCGGUCAGGUGUGGCAUUCUACCACCUGGGAGAUUACAACAAGGCACUUUACUACUUGAAUGAAGCACGGUCUCGACAACCAACAGAUACCAACGUUGUAAGGUACAUCCAGCUGACAGAAAUGAAGCUUAGCAGGUGUUCCCAGAGAGAAAAGGAAGCUUUGUGAGAAGAAAUCCAGUUCUGAAUGGACACUUCCUCCCGACAAUACCCAUGUGGUGGUUCCUCCACCCAUAUGGCUCAACCUACAUUGACAAUUUUUCUUGCCCGCUCCCCUCUUUACUUUUAAAUGGAGCUCAGAUGGGGUUUUUUGAACAAGAGAGUUAAACUUUGGGUCUGGCUUUGGCAAUCUGGUGGCAGAACAACAACAUUCCAGCCCUCCUAGCACAAUUGCUACUGUCAACCAAGUUUUGGAAGUUUGACUGGAGGAUUGAAGGGUACAAGGGAGGGAAAUCUACUUUGCCUUGUCUUGCUUAUUGCUUGCUGUUGCUGCAACCAACCAAGCAAUUGCUCACCCUUUUUUUCAAAUGAUGAAGUGACAGCAAAUAGAGAAAAAUCUUCAGCCAGCUAGAGGGACAUACAUACUUUGGCGGCUUCCUUGCACUUGUAGAUUUUCAUGAUCCAGAGAGAAGCCAUCUGCUCAAAAUCCCAUGCCAAUGAGGCCCAUUUGCAAUAUGCUGUUUUUAAAACAUGGGUGAGGGGAUGAAAUGUAGCUUAAGCAAUGAGCCUUAAAGACUGGGAAGGCUUUGGAGACAUGGGCAAAGCUGAAGGAGAAUGUGAAAGGACACUGUGUUGUUUGGGGAAUAAAACUGGAAUGAUUAAUAUUGAAUAUACAUUGUUUAACAGGCAGCAAUCCUAUAUACAUACAUACAUAUAUAUUUUUAGAAGGCACGCCUGGGCCUAAAGGAGUACAUAAAGAAACAGCAUGACUUUGUAACUAGUUUCAGCUCAGACUGUGGAAACUGGAGCACUGAAUUAUGGUUGUAUCACCAUCUUGAUAUGCACCUGUGGGCAAGUCACUUACUUUUUCCGUGCCUCAGUUUCUCCAUCUGUAUAGUGGGGAUACUAAUGCCCUACCUCACAGGGGGUGUUGUGAGGGUUUGUUAGUCAAUGUUUGUACAGUGCUAAAUAUUAUUAUUGGUACACUGGA